AUGUCCAUGAUGUUUCAGGAAUCAGUGACUUUCAAGGAUAUAGCUGUUGACUUCACUCAGGAAGAGUGGGCCCUCCUGGGCACACCCCAGAGAAAGCUGUACAGAGAUGUGGUGCUGGAGAACAUCAGUGACCUGGUCUCUAUGGGGUAUCGGAUCUGCACCUCAGGAGUGCCUUUCCAGCUGAAGCCAGGAGAAGAGCUGAGGAGUGAAGGGACUGGGUUUCUCCAAGGCCAGAUGGCAGGCAUGAGAGACCCCUUUAAAAAACCAGAGAAGAUAUUAAUGCAGCAGGUCAGCAAGAAGGGCCUAUCCCCCGCCAUGCCAAUGGAAUCAGUGACCUUCGAGGAUAUAGCUGUUGACUUCACUCAGGAAGAGUGGGCCCUGCUGGGCACACCCCAGAAGAAGCUGUACAGAGAUGUGGUGCUGGAGAACAUCAGUGACCUGGUCUCUGUGGGAUAUCGGAUCUGCAGCUCAGGUGUGACUUUCCAGCUGGAUCAAGGACAGCUGAGGAGGGAAGGGACUGGGUUUCUCCAAAGCCAGAUUGCAGAGAUGAUAUUAAUGCAGCAGAUCAGCAAGAAGGGCAUAUCCUCCACCAUGCCAAUGCGGGAAUCUCACAUUCCAGAGGAUCCUAUUGAAUGUGCUGAUUUGAGUGAUGAAUUUACUCAUAGAUCAGCUGUGAGUCAACAUUCUUUAAUUGAGAGAGGAAAGAAAUCUUAUGUCAGCCAACAGUGUGGAAAGUCACCUAGAGAAGAGUCAUGCCUUAGUAGACACAAUGAAAUUCACACCAGAGGUAAUAUAUGUGAAUGUGGGAAAGCCUUUAACAAUGUCUUCAGCCUCAGACGACACAAGAUGACUCACAGUGAAGAGAAACCAUUUAAAUGUAAUGUAUGUGGGAAAGCCUUUUUACAAAGAUCUGACCUUAGAAACCACAAUCGAAGGCACACUGGAGAAAAGCCUUAUAAGUGUCGUGAGUGUGGGAAAGCCUUCAGUCGGAGUUCUUACCUAAGACAGCAUGAGAGAAUCCAUCCUGGGGAGAAACUGUAUGAGUGUCAUCAGUGUGGGAAAGCCUUUAAUCAAAGCUCUGGCCUUAGCCAACACAAGAAAAUUCACAGGGGGGAGAAACCACAUGUAUGUUCCAUAUGUGGGAAGGCUUUCAGUCAAAGUUCUGAGCUAACACGCCACAACAGAACACAUUCCAGAGAGAAACCAUAUGAAUGUGGUCAGUGUGGGAAUGCCUUCAGUCAACAUGCUAAUCUCACAAGACACCAGAGAACCCACACUGGAGAACAGCCUUAUGAAUGUCAGCUAUGUGGCAAAGCCUUCAGUCAUCGUUCUUCCCUUAGAAGACAUGAGGGAACCCAACACAGGGGAGGAAAUCAUGAAAGCCUUCAGUAG